GGGAAACGGAAGGGCGAGAGCGCGAGAAGGAAACGAGGUGUGAAAUCUGCGGUCACCGCCGACGAGGACGCCGGAUGUCUCGCGAGCAGAAAGGGCAGGAGAGUGAUAGGAGGCGUGAGAAUGAGAAGGAGUGUGAGAGUGUGAGUGAGAGAGUGAGAGUGCACGCGGAUGCGAUCUGAACACCGACAAGUGACUGACGUUCAUUCGGUGUUUCUGAAAAAGCGUGGACACGGCGGCCGGAGCGCGGGGUGUAUCGGCAGCGGGUGAUCUGAGCAAUCAGGGGGACAGACCUCUGGCCUCUAGGCACCAGAUAACAAUCGGUUUGAUUUUUCAGCUCUGAAAUAUUCAGGCGUCCUAACUGAAUCCACCGAGACACCGGAUAAAGCACGCAAACCGCGAGAACGCGCCACAACACCGCACUCAGCACGAGCCCUGACAGCCAGGCGCUAUCUGUUCUGAGAUGGCUUUCCUCCUCAAUUGUCUCACGCUUCUGCUGGUGGUUCUGGUCCUAUUAUCCGUGCCCUGCCUCGGAUGCCCUUCUGGCUGCCGGUGCUACAGCCUGACAGUGGAGUGUGGCUCUAUUGGACUCAAAGAGAUACCACGGGGCAUUGCUCAUGGAACACAGACUAUCUUCCUGCAGGAUAAUGCCAUUGGUCAGAUCCGGGCAGUGGACCUGUCUGGCUUGGGUCACCUGCACUAUCUGUACCUGCAGAAUAACAGCAUCUCAGCUCUGGAGGCCAGCGCCUUCGUGAGUCUGGGCCAACUGCUAGAGCUUGCGCUCAAUGGCAACCGCCUCAACCUGAUCUCCGCUGAUGCCUUUCGUGGCCUUGAGCACCUGCGCAUCCUCUACCUGGCAGGGAACCACAUCAACCGUCUGGAGGAUUACACCUUCCGUGGAUUGCAGCGUCUGCAAGAGCUGCACCUGCAGGAGAACACGAUGGAGGUGUUAGAUGAGCAGGCUCUGAUUGGCCUGUCUUCUCUGGCUCUGCUGGACCUCAGCAAGAAUAACCUGCGCACCCUGAGUGCUGUCACUCUCAGACCUCUCAUCAGCCUGCAGGUGCUGCGCAUCACAGAUAAUCCAUGGCGUUGUGACUGUGCUCUUCACUGGCUUCGUGGCUGGAUAAACACUGAGGGCCAGCGGUUGUUGAGUUCAGCUGAUCGUAGGCUUCUGUGCUCUGAACCGCCACGCCUCUCGCAUCUGAUCCUGGUAGAGGUGCCAGCUAAUAGCCUGGUGUGCAUCCCGCCUGCUGUGCAGCUUGAGCCGAGGGAACUAAGCGUACGUUUGGGUGAGAGCAUCCGCGUGUCAUGCCAGGCCUCAGGUUACCCACAGCCCCAGGUCACCUGGAGGAAGGUGUCCUACGGUAGAGCUCAGCUAUCACCACGAGGUCUGGUGCAGGAGGAAGGGACAGAUGGGGACAGCAGAAAGCCAGUGACAGCCAAGCCUGGUGGUAAUGGAGUCAAUGUGGGAAACCGUGGACCAACAGCUGAUGGUCGGGACAGGGAGAGCUUCGAUCAAGACACGGGCAGUGGGAUGCUGUUUCUGAGUAAUGUUACAGUGGCACACGCAGGACGCUAUGAGUGUGAAGCUUGGAAUCCUGGAGGGGUGGCACGUGUGAUCUUUCACCUUGCUGUGAACGUUUCAUCUUCAUCUUUGUCAUCAUCCUGGCCUCGCCUGCACCCCUCAUCAUCCUCCUCAUCCUCUUCGCACCACCGUCCAUCCUUAGGGGAUGUCAGUCAGGAACCGCUGUACGAGCUUGAGAGCAUGGACUUCAGUGCCCUGGGCACAGCCACCCAAACAGCCAUCGCUGUGGGUAUCUCACUCCUGGCGCUGACUGCCCUGCUGCUGCUGUGCAUGAUCUACAGCCGUCACCGGCAGCGCCAGAAAGAGGAUGGUGCUUAUGGCAAGGAGGAGAGCAUCCUCUAUGUCAAUGACUACUCUGAUGGACCCACUACAUUUGCACAGCUUGAGGAGUACCGGGAUGAGCGUGGCCAUGAAAUGUACGUGUUAAACCGGGCCAAGCCUGUGCUGCCUCCACCACCCACACCUGGCCAGCAUGGGGCACUACAGCCUAGAGAAGUGCUCCAGGCCCAAGGCACUCUGACAUCUACCAUUGGACCGCGCAGAGCCCCAGCAGAGGGCAUCGAGGGUCCACCACCAGACCCAGAGGGACUAUUUAUAAACCAGAGUCUGCUUUUUGACACACAGAUCGCGUAUGAGAUCCACUGCUGAAGAAGACUAAAAGCAGAUCGAUCAGAGAAGGCAGUCCAUAAGGCCAGUUACAGAGAAGCUCUUUGUGUAUUGGGCUUGAAGUCAGCCUGAUGGGAUCUCUGAUUAGUUUGCCUAUUUCUAUUCUAUUUUUUGAUUAAUGUUAGAUGAAAGGGAUAAGCCGAAGGCUGUUUCAAAAGGAUCAAAUCACUGGCUUAUCUUGCACAGGACGAGAAGGAUACAGAAAAUUUCUGUUGCCUGGCAUAAUGCUUUAGAAGUCAAACUCCCAAAAAAAUGCCUAGGGCGGCACAGUAGUAUUGCCUCCUCAUAGCUCGAAGGUUCCCCGGUUUGAUCCUGAGCAUGGGUUACUCACUGCACAGAGUUUAUGCGCUUGUUCGUGUCUGUGUGGAUUUCCUCCCACCCUCCAAAAACAUGCCAAUAGGUUGAUUGGCUGCACUAAAUUGCCCCUAGGUGUUAAUGAGUGUGUGACUGCGUGUACGCAUGGUGCUUGAUGGACUGGUGGUAUGUUCCUGCCUCACGCCCUGUAUUUCCGGGAUAAGCUCCGGAUCCACUGCAACCAUAGGCAGGAUGAAGCGGUCGCUGAAGAUUGAAUAAUAAUAAAAAAAAAGCCUGGCACCAAAAUACCUUCAAUGGUUAGAUGAACCUACUGAGAAGAAAACCAGCAUAUUGGACGUUUCAUUUAUUAUUCACAAAGUAGAAAACAGAAAGGAUGCUUGAGUCAGUUGCUAUACUCUGACACACAUAUGUUUUUCUGCAUAGUGAACAAAGUCAAAGGCCAUUUUUUCAUCAUGUCUAACUUGUUUUUUUUCUGCUUUCAGCCGGCAGUGUGAAUAGUUUUGUCAUCGUUUCAUGUUAUGUCUUUAUAUUUUGAGAGCCUUUUAGUUUUCAUUCGUACCUACAUAUGAUUUUGAUGCACAUUUACAUGUGUAUGAGAAGACCAGUGAGUCUCAGAGACCGAGUGAAGUUAUGUCUGUGUUUGUGAUAGCCAACAAACUAUUGAAUUUAAUGUAUUUAAUUAGAUUGCGCUCUCUCUCUCUCUCUCAUCCUCUUGACCUCUAUUUAAGUAACACUGUGAAAAUAAAAGUUCUAGACACUAGAUUUCCUGAUAAAUUAUCAACAUCUCUAUAAUUGCAUUGUGCUCUGUAUGUCUCCAGAUGGCAUUUUGUAUGACAUUCUAAUAUUGUUCUCUGGAGUGUAGGGUAAAUUUAGCUUUUUUUCUUUUCUUUUCUUUUUUUCUU